AUUUUCCUUGUCGUCCAAGCACGUUCGCUCUUCUCCAAAACCCCCCACCGUCUCAUCCAGCAAGUCCUCAGCUUCCUGAAUUUCUCCUUCAGUCGGAGCCAGCAAAAUGCUGCUGUCGAGGAUUCUGUCCCGCGCUUCCCGGAGCGCGAGCCGGACCGCCUCCUUCCUGUCUUCUCCUCCCCAAACGCAUCACCCGCCGCUCGUCUCCGAUCGGUGUCGCGCGCUUGCGUACGGUUCUCCGGGCAAGGUAGUACCCUCAAAUCAGUUCACCUUCCAUGCUACUACAUUUCGGCAGUAUGGAAUCUCGUCAUCUGCUUCUGCUGAGCAUACAGAGAGGGUUUCAAACUCUGAGGCCACAAAAGAAAGUGAAAAUGCUGAAAAUUCGAAUCAAUCAGGAGAUAGGAGUGCUGGAGAGUCGAAAGUGUCCAGCGAAACAGAAACAUCAGAUACCAGAUUAGAAGCGGCCCCUGAACCUAAUAAGAUGAGGAGAAAAGCCACGAAAAGGAUGGCCUUUUCGGAUUCAGAAUCGGAGGGUGAGAAGGAACUAUCUAUGGAUGACUUGGCAAAACUUGUGGUAGAGAAGGAAGAACUUCUGAAGUUGAAGCACACAGAGAUUGAGAAAAUGCAAGAUAAAGUCCUUCGAAGUUAUGCAGAGAUGGAGAAUGUGAUGGACAGAACCAGGCGGGAAGCUGAGAAUUCCAAGAAAUACGCUGUACAGAGUUUCGCUAAAAGUUUAUUGGAUGUUGCGGACAACUUGGGGAGAGCAUCCUCAGUUGUCAAAGAAAGGUUCUCUAAGAUUGAUGCAAAGGAUGGUGACGGAGCAGUGCCCCUCCUCAAAACGCUUCUAGAAGGUGUUGAAAUGACGGAGAAGCAGCUUGUUGAGGUAUUUAAGAAAUACGGCGUUGAAAAAUAUGAUCCUACAAAUGAGCCGUUUGAUCCACAUAGGCAUAAUGCAGUAUUCCAGAUGCCAGACAGUUCUAAGCCCCCAGGCACUGUUGCUGCUGUGCUAAAGGCUGGUUACAUGCUCUAUGACCGAGUUCUUCGUCCUGCGGAGGUUGGUGUCACUCAAGCGGUGGAAAAAGAUGCAACCGAGGCCAAUACAGCUGAGAAAGGCUCUUAAAGCUUCUGCAAAAGCUUCAGGAGGCAUGGAGUUUGUAGUUUAACGGGGAGCCUCAAUCAACGUGGAGUCACUUAACUCGGUUACAUCAUGUCUGGAGCUUUCUCCUGAUCGUUAGAGGAGAACGAACUUAUAGGAGGAUCAGAGGACGUCGAUUCAUCUUUUCCCUGUUAACUCGCGGCAGUACAUAAUUCAGUUUGGAUUACGAGGAUAUAUGAUGGCACUUUCAUGCCUUAACAGUUUUGAUCCUUGUUCCGUCAAUAAUCAUAUUAUGUUGUUAUUCAA